CAUUCCUCCUUCCAACUCUCCUUCCUCUCACGCUUCAAAUUGUCACCUAACCCCUCUUCUCUCUCUUUCAAUCUCUUCCCCUCCCAUUCUACUCUACUUCUUCUUAUUCCUCUUCGUCUCACCUUCUGAGUUCUGACCCACGCUUCUGUGCUCCUUUUCCUCUUCUUCUCUUCCCCUCUUCCCAAGACCCCCAAAACCUUCUAAAACCCCAGAAGAAGAGAGGGUGCUCUGCGCCUCCGCUUCGGUAGCCAUGUCGGAGAUCGUGUCACAGGCAUGGAAGCGCUACCUCGGGCAGCUUCAAGAACACCCUCUUAGAACAAAGGCAAUGACUUCUGGGGUUUUGGCGGGAUGCAGCGAUGCGGUUGCUCAAAAGAUCGCCGGGAACAAGAAGCUCCAGUUGAGAAGGUUGCUUCUUGUCAUGCUCUAUGGUUUUGCCUAUGCUGGACCUUUUGGUCACUUUCUGCACAAGCUUAUGGAGAUUAUUUUCAAGGGUAAGAAAGGAAAGGAGACUGUCGCUAAGAAGGUAAUAUUGGAACAGUUGACUGCUUCACCAUGGAACAACAUGUUUUUUAUGAUGUACUAUGGUCUUGUCAUUGAAGGAAGACCAUUUAGUUUAGUGAGGAGCAAGGUCAGGAAGGAUUACCCAUCUGUUCAGUUGACUGCAUGGAAGUUUUGGCCUAUAGUUGGUUGGGUGAACUACCAAUAUAUGCCUCUGCAGUUCCGUGUUCUCUUCCACAGCUUUGUUGCUUCAUGCUGGGCAGUAUUCCUAAAUCUAAAAGCACGAUCAAUUGCUGCAAAGAGGGAAUAGCGACCUUAUAAGAGAAUUGCUAUUGGUUGGGUGCUUGCUAGCAGCUUCUCUCACCAUGCUUCGACUGGUUCCUCAAGCUGGGUUAGUGAGAACCCUAUCAUUCACUUAUCAGUAAAUUUAGUGGGCUUGCCUUGCUGCUUUGUCAAACGCAAAAAAAAGAAGAAAAAAGGAGGAAAAUCCAUGAUUAUUUCUGUGCUUUAUAGACAACGAGAACACAUAUUGCUUGUUCUGUUUCAAUGUGAUAUUUGGGUUGGGUUUGCAUAUCCGCUUAUGACAUGUGAGCUUAUAUUAUCUGUGUGUUGCUUUGUUCUGCAUUUGACUGUUAAGUAUACAUUUCAUUUUCAAUACAUUUUCUGUAUGCAUGAAUGUUACCAAAGUAUCCACUCUGUCAAAAAUGAGAAAAUCAAUAUGGUGGCACGCAAUUAUAAUA